UUGACAACUUCAAUUCAAUAGCUCCACCUGCAGAGAGUACACCACCACCACCACCACCUUCAUUCAACCAACAAACACACCACUCGAACUCGACCCAACAAGAAAAUUAAUGGAAGAAAACAGCGCCAACUUCACGGUGGCGAUGCCGGUGGCGCUCCCCCCUCGCCGGAGCACCUUGGAGAAACUAAAACUGCGUCUGAAAGAGACGUUCUUCCCCGACGAGCCUCUCCGGCAGUUCAAAAAUCAACCGUGGAAAAGUAGAGUCAUAUUAGGAGCACAGUACAUAUUCCCGGUGCUGGAAUGGGCCCCUCAAUACACCCUUCAACUCCUCAAAUCCGACGUCGUUUCUGGUCUCACCAUUGCUAGCCUCGCCAUUCCUCAGGGAAUAAGUUAUGCGAAGCUGGCUAGUUUACCUCCAAUUGUUGGACUUUAUUCAAGUUUUGUGCCUCCAUUAAUAUAUGGUGUUCUUGGGAGUUCAAGAGAUGUGGCAGUAGGUCCAGUUUCGAUUGCUUCUAUGAUUAUGGGCUCAAUGCUGAGACAACAAGUUUCGCCUCUCAAAGACCCCAUUUUAUAUCUCCAGCUCGCCUUUUCUUCCACUUUCUUUGCUGGCAUCUUUCAAGCAUCUUUAGGUUUUCUCAGGCUUGGAUUUCUGAUCGACUUUCUGUCAAAAGCAACCCUAAUUGGAUUCAUGGCUGGUGCUGCAAUUAUUGUCUCUCUCCAGCAACUCAAGAGCCUUCUUGGCAUCCAACACUUCACCACUAAAAUGGCCAUACUUCCUGUUUUGACUUCUGUCUUCCAAAACAUCCAUGAGUGGUCAUGGCAAACGAUAUUGAUGGGCAUUUGCUUCUUGGUGUUUCUUCUCUUAGCAAGACAUAUCAGCACAAAAAGGCCAAAACUGUUCUGGGUAUCAGCUUGUGCACCAUUAGCAUCGGUCAUCCUCUCAACUCUGCUAGUUUUCGCUUUCCAAGCUCAAAACCAUGGCAUCACCGUUAUCGGAAAGCUAGAAGAAGGACUAAACCCUCCGUCGUGGAACAUGCUCCGUCUCCACGGCACCUGCCUCGGCCUCGUCGUCAAAACCGGCCUCGUCACCGGCAUCAUCUCCCUCACCGAAGGAAUUGCAGUUGGAAGGACAUUCGCCGCGCUGAAGAAGUACCAAGUGGACGGAAACAAGGAGAUGAUCGCGAUCGGGAUGAUGAACAUCGUCGGAUCCUCCACCUCCUGCUACGUCACCACCGGCGCCUUCUCCAGAUCCGCCGUCAACCACAACGCCGGCUGCAAAACCGCCCUCUCCAACGUCGUCAUGGCCGUCACGGUGAUGGUCACGCUCCUCUUCCUCAUGCCGCUCUUCCACUACACCCCCAACCUCGUGCUCGGGGCCAUCAUCAUCACCGCCGUCGUCGGCCUCAUCGAUCUCCCCGCCGCCGCUCACAUCUGGAAGGUCGACAAGUUCGACUUCCUCGUCAUGCUCUGCGCCUUCUUCGGCGUCCUCUUCGUCUCCGUCCAGGACGGCCUCGCCAUCGCCGUGGGAGUAUCUGUGUUGAAGAUGGUGAUGCAGGUAACGCGCCCUAAAAUAUUGGUGUUAGGAAAUAUAGGUGGUUCGGAUUGUUAUCGUGACGUGCAUCACUACAGAGAUGCAGCUGCUGUUCCUGGCUUCCUCAUUUUGAGCGUUGCAGCUCCCAUUAACUUUGUUAAUGCUACUUAUCUUAAGGAAAGGGUUUUGCGUUUGGUAUGUGAUGAAAAUAGCAAAGAACUCAAGUUUGUGAUUCUUGAUUUAUCAGGUGUGAGUGCAAUCGACACGAAUGGAGUGUCAUUCUUCAGAGAUAUGAGGAUGGCACUAGAAAAUAAGAAUCUAGAGCUUGUGUUGGUGAAUCCACUUGGCGAUGUGGUGGAAAAGUUGGAGCGAGGCGACGACGGCACAGCCUAUUCUCUCUUCUUGAGUGUUGCCCAAGCAGUGGCUUCUCUUAUGCAAACAAUGAAAUGAUAAAUAAACAUGCCAUCUGAUCUUGUCUCAAUAAUCAAUAUCAUGGCAUUCGUCUUUUAAUUUAUGUUCCUUGUUUGAAGACUGGUGAUAGCUUCAUGAUUCAGCAACUAAUAUGUAAUAUGUGCAUAAAAGUCAAAACACAAGUUCCUUUGGGGAAAUCCUUGAGUAAGAAAGCGACUACUUCUUUUUUA